UUCCAUCAAGAUUUUCAUCGAAAUUUCAGGCCGCAAUUUGGUAAACCACUAGCGCAACAUCAAUUAAUACAGUUGAAAUUAGCAGAUAUGUUGACUGAGAUUUCACUUGGCCUACAAGCCUGUUUACGUGUGACACGUCUGAAGGAUGAGAACAAAUGUUCACCGCAACAGAUCUCAAUGAUCAAACGUAACUCGUGCGGUAAAUCACUGGAAAUCGCACGUAAGGCCAGAGACAUGCUCGGUGGCAAUGGUAUUGUGGAGGAUUAUCAUGUUAUGCGGCACAUGUGCAAUCUCGAAACUGUUAACACUUACGAAGGUGAUCUUUCAGCUUUUUAUUCGAUUUAUCCGUUCAGUCUAUUCAUUUAUUUGAUUGAUUUGAUUUCAUAA